AUGGCCUUUCCAUUACCGCGGGGCAUCGUCGCCUCGGAGAUCGCCUUUCUGGCGGAGAUGGAGACCGUGACAGUGGUGCCUCGACAGCGCCUCGAAGGGCUGGAAUUACUCGGGGGCCCUAUUGAACCUCUUGUACCACCGCGUCGCGCAUCUCUUCCUCUGUGGCUUGCCUUACUAUUGAAACGCCAACGCCGCGCCAAUAUUAUUCCUCCUUCGUGGCUUCACCCUGAAUCCCUUAGUCUGAUUCUAGAAGUCGAAUCACAACAUCAAGACUACAAGAAUGCGUUCUCCCCUCCCCCACCAUUACCCGGCCAGCCUAGCGUUCGAGACCAGGGACUCGAACCAACAGCACGACCACAAUACACACUAGACGGCAACAGAUACUACGCAGCCCCGCCAUUCCUACCUCAAAAUACAGCCCAAACAACAGUUUCGUCGGGAGAACCGCCCGCAUUACCUUUCCACUGGAUAGAAGUUGGAAACAUGCUGCUCGACUCUGCCAGUGACGAUCUGAUGGAUCCUGGUCAAAUCCGGCGGUUGCUGAAAGAUCUACGGGAAGUGCGCAUGGCUAAGAUGCGGUCCGGCGUGGAUGUCCUUGACGACGCUGCCAUGGGUGGAGGCGGAGUUGCGUUGACAGGCGUCGGGGCCAUGGAACUGGGCGACGAACGAGGCUUCUUGUCUGGAGUCGUUGACGGCCUUCGCAAAAUUGGCGCAUCCAAAGAGCAAGCCCGCCGAGAACAACUGGCAGAGCAAAGAGCCAACGGCGGCUACAAUGGGACCCAGGAUGAAGAAGAGGACUACAUGGAGUUCUGA